UAUCAAUAGUAGUAGUAACACAGGCAGUGAGUGACUGCCGCUACCUGUCACUUCCUUGUUAUCCAAACUCACGAUGGCCGCAAGCAGCUUACGCAGCAAGGUCCUCUUCGUGCUGGGUGGUCCAGGGUCUGGGAAGGGCACCCAAUGCUCCAAGAUCGUGGCCAAGUUUGGCUUUGUGCACCUUUCGGCUGGCGACCUUUUGCGCGAGGAGCGGUCGUCUGGCAGCCCCAACGGCGACAUGAUCGACCGCAUGAUCCGUGACGGCGCCAUCGUCCCCGUGAAAGUGACGUUGGAUUUGAUCCGCAAAGCCAUGCUCGAAAGUGGCCGCGACUUGUUCCUCAUCGACGGGUUCCCGCGCAACUUCGACAACUUGGAAGGGUGGGAGGCCGAGAUGACGGACGUGGACGUCGCCGGCGUGCUCUUCUACGACUGCCCCGAAGAAGAGAUGGAGAAGCGAUUGUUGGAGCGCGGCAAGACCAGCGGGCGCACGGACGACAACAUCGACGCCAUCCGCAAGCGUUUCACGACGUACCUCGAGUCUACGAUGCCCAUCAUCGAGCAUUUUGCAUUGAAGGACCAGGUGUUCCGCAUCUCGUCCAUUCCAUCGCCCGACGUCGUCUUCGACGAGACUGCCAAGGUCAUCGAGCCCAUCGUGAAGCGGCACUUGGUCGACUCGACCCAGCGAUUGUUGGAUGCUGUAUUUCAAGGCGACUGGGCCACGUACAAAGACUUGUGCGACGAGUGUCUGUCCGCCAUCGAGCCGCAGUCGAUGGGGCAUGUCAUUGAGGGCUUGCAAUUCCACGAGUUCUACUUCAAGAACCAAGGCAUUGGUGGCUUGGGCGUGUCCAAAAUCUGCAAAUCGAAUGUAGUGGACCCGCAUGUCAAGCUGUAUGGAGACACGGCGAUAGUGUCGUUUGCCAAUGUAAUUCAGUCGCCGACGCAAGAGUCCGUGCUGUACAUGGAGACCCGCGUGUGGCACCGCCAAGACGGCAAGUGGAAGAACGUGCAUUUUCACCGAUCCAGCAAAUAACUUCAGGCAACUCGAAUAAUCCAGCGCCGUUUUUGGACACGACCAAUUGGAGUGUUAACACACUUCCUUUGAAUUCUGCCAUACAUGUAUAUUGUGUGUUCUAAUCAUCAUAUUUCCCCUGGCGGUUGGUCGCAGGACCUUGCGAAAUACUAGUACUCUGGAGUACUAGAAUAACGUUAAAAUAAAUCGAAGUUCAAGAG